AUGAGGUUUGGAGUAGAGGCUUGUAAUGAUGCAUGUAUCCUCUUAUCAUCUGCAGUCAACCUACAGUCUCAAGACUUUUAUGAAAUUUGUAUUGGUGGAUCAAACAACAAAGUGACAAAUAUCCGUCGGAAACACAACACUGGGAACGUUCACCAGAUUAAUACAAUUGAUAUUGUAAACUAUACUGAACAAAGAACACUGAUUGUGAGAUGGAUGCUCAAUGGAGAAAUAACCCUUCUUAAAGAAACCAAUGGUGGAACGGAAGUAGUAAUGAAAUGGACAGAUCCCAACCCAAUACCCAUACAUGGUGUCGGAAUCAUGACUGGAUGGGGAGCAGACGGACUUUGGACUUUAGAACAUUCAUCUUUCCUUAUUGGACGUUAUUGUGGUAUUCCUACCACAUACGGUAAUAUGGUGUUACUUUCUACUUCAGAAAAUUAUAUUAUGGUUUUGAAAAUACACAGACUAAGAGUGUUUCGGAUGGAUGCCAUUGAUUAA